AUGAGAAAGGUCGAAAUGGGGACGAAGAGAAAAGUUGAAAAGGAAGAGAGAAAAGUCGAAAAGCCCAGCCUCGUGGUGUCGACGCACUUGGUUCGAGGGACCGGAGAAGUCUUGAAAUCCGGACUGUGGAAAACGGGGAACUCAUCAGGAAUGGGGCCUGCCUGCUUCUCACAAAAACCGAAACGUCAAGCGCCCCUGUGCAAGCGUCGCGGCGAGGACAAGUGCACCCUCGAGAAAAGUCACUUCAUUCACAUGUCGCGGCCAACUUGCCUUCUAGAAUUCGUGUUUUUCUUCAUCCCCAAGCUCGGGAAACAUACCGCCAAGAGCGGCUGAUCUUGUCACGCGUCGCGCCGUCCUGAGACAUCCGAACACAGAGCUCGGUACCGCUUUUGUCCUUCAGAAAGAACCUGGGGAAGACCACGAGGGAGAACAAUGGUAGCGAGCGAAAGAAUGGCGG